AUGGUCCCCGAUGUUGCUCCUCAAACUGCCAAUCCCAAUACGGGCAGCAGCGAGACUGAGCGCGACAACAGACCGAUGAUGAAAGCCCUUGUUUAUACAGGACCAAACAAACUCGAAGUCCUGGAUCGCCCAAUGCCAGUCAUACAAUCCCCCACGGAUGCGAUUUUGAAGAUGCUUCACAGCACAAUCUGCGGUACCGACCUACACAUUCUGAAAGGCGACGUGCCAGCAAUUCCAUACGAUCGAGUCCUGGGCCAUGAAGGCGUGGGCACGGUUGUAUCCGUAGGACCUGCUAUUGAUGGGCUGUCGGUCGGGGACAAUGUCGUGAUUGCGGCAAUCACCGCGUGCAAAGUUUGCGCAUCUUGCCGAAAGGGGCUGGAGGCUCAUUGUAUAACUGGCGGCUGGCAACUGGGCAAUAAGGUCGACGGAACGCAGGCAGAAUAUGUUCGCAUUCCACACGCAACCUCUUCUUUGUAUAAGAUUCCGGAAGGCCUCGACCUUAGAGCCUGUGCUGCUAUCUCGGAUGCACUCCCGACGGGACUAGAAUGCGGGACAAUUAGCGCUCAUGUUCAACCUGGGAGUACUGUUGCAAUCAUUGGGGCAGGACCCGUGGGUCUGGCGGUUAUGCUGACUGCUAGAUUAUACACACCUUCUCAAAUUGUCAUGAUUGACUUGGACGACACCAGGUUGGAACAUGCGAAGAGGCUCGGUGCUGAUCAUGCCGUUAAUCCAGGAAAGCUGGAUGCGAUGGAAACAUUGAACACAUUUACGGAAGGGCAGGGCUUUGAUUGUGUUAUUGAAGCCGUGGGGAUCCCGAAAACCUUCGAAAUGUGUCAGAAAUUAGUCGCGCCAGGAGGUUCCAUAGCUAAUGUUGGUGUUCAUGGGCAUCCUGUUAAUUUGGACCUCCACAAACUUUGGGAUCGCAAUAUCAGCAUUAAGAUGCAGUUACUGAACGCCGUAAGCAUCCCAACCCUCCUUCGACUUUAUCAAUCGGGCCAUAUAAAACCUUCUAAUCUAUUUACUCACCAUUAUCCCUUCUCAGAAGUUCAUAAGGCAUAUCAUAGCUUUCAAAUGGCGGCCCAGGAAGGUGCUUUGAAGGUUGCGAUUGACUUCUGA